AUGGAAAACACUUCCGAAGCAAGUGAUCCUCCUCUCCCUCCCGCGGCGAAGACGACGACUGAUCUUCCUCCUCCUCCGACUCAAUCUUGUACAGAUUUCCUCCAGGAAACGCUCCUUAAUCCCCUCCUCGAAAGCCAGAAAGUGUUUGACGCGGAAUUUAACACAUUCCCUCCGUGGAAUCAACUAACUAAGGUACACUAUGAUUCUCUGCUCGAGCCAAUACGGAAAAUGGAGAAAGAAGAAGCUAGAAAGAUGGCUUUGUUGCCUGAUUUUAUAGGAAGAGCAGAAGGAAGUAGUGGUGGAAUAGGCAAUGCGACACGAAAGAAAGGUGGUUAG